AUGGAAAAACCAACUCCUCUUCUUCUUGUCAAUUUCCUUCGGGCUCCACGUGGCGCGGUCUGGUCAAUUUCCGCGCCCUUUGGACAGAGCCAAGCCAAGCCAAGGAUUCUUGGCUGGGGAUCCCUCGGGCUCCGGUUCUCCCUCCACCCCUUUCCUCCCCCCGUGGCUGCCCAUCUCCCGGUCCCACCCCCUGCUCGGCUGGACUCCGGCGGUGUCCGUUUCCAGGGCUGGCCCCCACCCACCCCCGUCCCCUCUGCGACUGAUAAGGAAGAGGCGCGCUCCGCGGGCGAGCCCGGCCCGCUUCCUUCCUGCCGCGUGCAUGGGGAGGGGGAGGGGGCGGGGGGACCCGAAACCCCAGCCAUGCUCGGGGAAGAAGGCCAGGGCGAGGCGGCGCGGACGGGGUUAACCCUGGAAGCAGCGGAGCCCGGGAAGGAUCCGCAGCCCGUCAAGGUGAGGUCUCCUUUGCCGCUGCACCGGAAGGUCUGUUAUGCCAUCGGGGGCGCCCCCUACCAGAUCACAGGCAACGCGCUUGGAUUUUUCCUCCAGAUCUUCCUGCUUGACGUUGCUCAGCUGCAGCCUUUCCACGCGUCUCUGAUCCUCUUCCUGGGCCGGGCCUGGGACGCGGUGACGGACCCGGCCGUGGGAUUCUUGGUCAGCAGAAGCCCCCGCAGGAGGUGUGGCAAACUGAUCCCCUGGAUCAUCUCCUCCACGCCUUUUGGGAUCCUCUUCUACUUCUUGCUCUGGUUUGUCCCUUCCGAUUCCCUCUCUGGGUCACUGAAGUUCCUUUGGUACUUGACCACGUACUGCUUCUUCCAAACCUGCAUGAGCUGCUACCAUGUGCCUUAUUCCUCCCUGACUAUGUUCCUGGGAGGCAACCAGAGAGAGCGGGACUCAGCCACUGCAUACAGGAUGGGAGUGGAAGUGUUGAGUACCCUGGUGGGCUCUGGCAUCCAGGGUCAAAUUGUUGGCAGCCACCAUGCAAGCAUGCAGAAGAGCUGCAUCGGGGAGAACAGCACCACCCUGGCGAAUGGCACCUCUCUGCUCACCGACACGUUGGAGAACACACGCAGGUCGUACUUGGUGGCCGCCUCGGUGCUUGGAUCCCUCUAUUGCCUCUCCUGCCUGGUCCUCUUUUUCGGAGUGAAGGAGCAGCCAGGGCCCCUCAGUCCUUUGGGGAAGGCCAGGCUGCCCUUCUUCAGGAGUCUGCGGAUCAUCCUGAGCCACCGAUCCUACGUCUGGCUUCUUUGUGGCUUCUUGUGUGCCUCGCUGGCCUUCCAGCUGGCCCAGGGGAUUUUUGCCUUUUUCUGCACGCACGCCGCUGGGCUGCCUGGCAGCUUCCAGCACCUGGUGCUCAUCAUGCUGGUGGCAGCUUCCCUCUCCAUCCCCAUCUGGCAGUGGUUCCUGGUCAGGUUUGGGAAGAAAACGGCUGUUUUCGUCGGUCUGUCGCUCAUCAUCCCGGCUCUCAUUGUCAUCACUCUGGUGACGCACGAUUUCCUGGUCUUUGCAUUCAUGGUUGCCCUCGCCGGGUGCAGCCUGUCAGUUCUCUACUUGUUGCCAUGGUCGAUGCUUCCAGAUGCGGUGGAUGACUUCAAGCUCCGCAACCCCACCUGCCUCAACCUGGAACCCUUUUUCUACUCCUUCUACGUGUUCUUCAACAAGUUUGCAGGAGGGCUUUCUCUCGGCGUUUCGACGAUGAGCUUACAUUUUGCAGGCUACAGUGCCAAAGACUGCACCCACAACCACCCGGUCAUCCUCACCCUGCGAAUUCUGAUGGCACCCAUUCCCAUCGCCCUCUUGCUGACCUCUUUGGCCCUGUUCUGCUCCUACCCCAUCAACGAAGAGCGGCGGAAAGAGAUCCGAGUGGAGAUGGAGACUUCUGGAUCUUUGCCAUAUCUCUUGGAGCAUGCCAUGAUGUUCAAGAAAGUUUGCGGCCUGCAUAAGACACCCGAGAAAGGAAUCCCACGAGGCGUGAUCGAAGCCCCCUUAGGCAAGGACAGUUUUUCCUCUCUGUACUGA